GCGGCAGCGUAAGAUCCAAAAAUCUCUCGCAACGCCAAGCACGUAAGGAUUACAGUCAUUUUCCGUCUCUUGGAUUUGCCAUCGCAAGUCGUAACUAGCGUAUAAAUUCAUUCUAAAGAACUAGAACCAACAUAAAUAGCUUGGACCUCGCUCUUUACUUACAACCACCAAAAAGGUUCUAUAUGUCAAACAUCAACUCUCCGAUCUCCCAGUUCUUUACCCAUGACGAGAAUGACUCUGAAUGGUACCAGGACACUCACCGAGACAAAAUAAAUCAUUUCCAUCCCACGGUGACUCAAAGCUAGACCCUUUAUCCUCCAAAGCCUAAAUCAUGUCUUUCAUUCAUCCAAGUAAGAGUUCUGUCGCCGCUACACCUUCGGUGACAAACGGUGAAACCCGCUCCACUUUCUCACUUCCCCAAAAAAUCGAAGAGAAGGUUUCCAAAAACCUUGAAAAAGCCAAGCUUGUCGAAGAUAGUAGACCGGUUUGUAGAGCAAGACGGGAUCUGGCUCCAUCGUGCUUCUCUCCGGCGGAACGCAAGUAUGGAUGGGGCAACUAUCGGCCUCUAGCCAAUUACACUAGCAAUGAAAAUGAUGCUUCCUCCUACUCGCAAUCUUCCCGCGAGAUAGAGGAGGAUGUUUGCUUUCCUAGAGUCCCAAUGCGCGUUCGUGUGAAUGACAUUGAUUUUGACAAAAUUGACGAAUUCAUUAGCGAUACAACCAAGGAGUAUGCUAGAGUGAAAACUGACAGAAAGGAAAUGGCAGCGACUUCUGUUUUCGAACUGUCUAAUGUUUCAUCCCGCCACGAUGGCAUCGUUGCCUCUCGCAGCUCAUCGGAAAGAAACCCUGCCCACGCGUUUGGUUCGGAGGGCGAUGAUUCAAGCGGCGACGUCCAGUUCGCAGAAGAGAAUCAUUUAUGCAAAGAUAUUCCUAACCGGUUUUCGAUUUUCUCUACCGGAUCGCAGGAAACAGUGCAUGCUCCUGAUAUUCCGUCCUUAUUAGGCCCAGACCAAACCGCAAAGGACCUCUUCAAUGGCGGAGCACCAACCUGGUGGCUAGACUGUGCGUGUCCAACAGACGCGGAGAUGAGAAUGCUUACGACUGCAUUUGGUAUCCACCCGUUAACAGCCGAGGAUAUCAGAAUGCAGGAGCCUCGAGAGAAGGUUGAGUUGUUCAAGAAUUACUACUUUGUCUCUUUCCACACUUUUGAAAACGAUAGAGAAUCGGAAGACUUUUUGGAUCUGAUCAAGGUCUACGUUGUGGUCUUCCGUGAAGGAAUUUUGAGCUUCCACUUUGCUCCAAUCUCCCAUGCGGCCAAUGUUAGACGCCGUGUUCGCCAUUUGAGAAACUACGUCGAGGUUUCGGCCGAUUGGAUCUGCUACGCCUUGGUCGAUGAUAUCACUGAUAGUUUUGCGCCGGCAAUCACUUCAAUCGAGUACGAGGCAGAUGCGAUCGAGGAUUCCGUUUUCGCUCGUGAGCUGGAUUUCCCUUCCAUGUUGAUGCGCAUUGGUGACGCCAGACGUAGAGUCAUGGCAUUGAUGAGGUUGCUUAUGAACAAGGCAGAUGUGAUCAAGAUGUUUGCCAAGAGAUGUCAGGAACACGAUUCAAACUCCCCUACAAGACACCUUGCUACCGCUAAGCCCUCCGACACACACCUUGGAGAUUUUUUGACUUCAAACCCGGCUCCUCUUGGAAACUCCGAUACCGCCAGCGUGCAUCUGUCCUCUCCCGCGAACUCCACCAGACCAAGUGGCGACAUUGCUUUGUAUUUGGACGAUAUCCAAGAUCACAUUGUUACCAUGUACCAGAACCUUCUUGCUUAUGAAAAAAUCUUCUCCAGGUCCCACUCCAACUAUUUAGCCCAGUUGCAGGCGUUUUCUCUUAACUCCAACAACCGGAUCAACGAAAUGUUGUCCAAGGUUACAGUGUUGGGUACCAUUUUUGUCCCUUUGAAUGUGGUUACUGGGUUGUUUGGAAUGAACGUGACGGUUCCAGGUGAGGCCCAGGGUAAUGUGAAGUGGUUCUUUGGGAUUUUGGGAAUUAUGGUGCUCUUCGUGAUUGUUGUCACUCUGGUUAGUAGAUGGUGGUUGAGACAGCCCCUCGUGUAUAACCAGGCAGGGUUUGGGAUAGUACAAGGCCCUCUACUCCCACACUCCAAGAAAGGAACCGCUAGAAGUGCCUCCAAGUCAGUCCGCAGUAUGCCAAGUAAGAGGUACAACUAUACUUGAUUAUACGGUCAAUCUUUAAUUUUGUCAUACACCUUUGGUAUCUAUUGGUACAUCUUGUUGUGAUGGGAACUUAUAACUGGUUUAAACCAUGUCUUAUUUUUAUCUAUCGUUUCCACUCUUUUUUAAAUUUAAAUUUAUAGAAAAAUGCACUGUCGUAGAAAAG